AUGUCCAAAGACUUUAUUAUCAAGCACAUGAACGCCGAUCACGGCGACUCCCUCCAGCUCUACCUACAAGCAUUCAACAAAAUCAGCGCACGCGAAGCCCACGGUGCCCAAAUCGAAGACCUGACCCUCUCAAACCUUGUGCUCCGCGCCAAUGGAACACGCUACAAUGUCCCUAUUGAUCCCGCCAUGAAAGACUUCAGCGAAUCCCGCAGCCGCUUGGUCGCACUGCACAAGGACAGUCUGCAGCGCCUUGGCCGCUCCGACAUCAUGUUGACGGAGUACCGAGCUCCCCAGGGAGUUGUUCAAAAUGUGGUCUUUGCAUUGUGCCUCUUCACCUAUGUGAGCUGCUUCAAGCGCAGCAAUCUGCUACCGGGUUCCUUCGUCUACGAGAACCUUGGAUACAAAUACGUGCCCGACUUUGCGCACUUUGUCUACAACAUCCAGCCGCUACUGUUCCCAGUUGUGUUGGCUAUUCAUAUCUUUGAAUCGGCUCUUUUGGCUAUCCUCAAGUUGAAGCCCCAUGGGGUUCCGUUUUUGUCCGGGCUGUGGUGCAAAUGGGUGGCUUCGUGCUUUGUGGAAGGCUUCGGGUGUUUCCAGCGAAUUGCGGAAUUUGUGAAAGAGGAGCGGGCGAAGAAAGGCGAGAAGAGCCAAUAA